UGGAGUCUAACCAGCCACCUCUCUCUUUACGAUCACCAUCUAAUCAGUAAAGCACGCAUUCUGACUAUUACUUCAGAAUUAUGUAUACCAAAAAUACGAGUUUUUUUUCCUUUCGGUUUAUCAAGGCCUUAAUUUUUUAUAUUCUCAUUUCAUCUCAAGCUCAACCCUUGUGUAAAUAUAAACGAUGGCUGAUGCUGAGCGGAUCCAAACUCUUGUUGUUGAUAAUGGAAGCGAAACAAUUAAGGCCGGAUUUGCUGGUGAUGAUGCGCCUAAGGCAGUGUUCCCCAAUACUGUUGGCCGACCUCGAGGUGCUCGUGUCGAGGUUGGAAGAAUGGGUUAUCAGGAUCCCUAUGUAGGAGAUGAAGCCCAAUCAAAGAGAGGUAUUCUUACCCUAAAGUAUCCAAUUGAUUGUGGUAUUGUGAUCGAUUGGGAUGACAUGGAAAAGAUUUGGUAUCACACCUUCUACAAUGAGCUCCGUGUUGCGCCUGAAGACCACCCUGUUCUUCUCACCGAGUCACCUUUCAACCCGAAGGGUAACAGGGAGAAAAUGACUCAAAUCAUGUUUGAGACUUUCAACAGCCCUGCUAUGUACGUAGCCAUCCAGGCUGUUCUCUCUCUAUACGCCAGUGGACGUAGAACCUGUUUGUAAUGGAUCACCAGCAAAGUUCGAUUUCAGCAACUCUUUUAAGUCGUUUACUUUCUUUUACUCAGUGAUUUGUUUGUAUUUCCUUUAGACAACAGGUAUCGUGUUCGAUUCUGGUGUGAAUAUGAGUUACGCAGUGCCUAUCUAUGAGGGUUAUGCUCUCCGCCAUGCAACCCUUCGUUUGUUUCUUGCUGGCAGUGAUCUCACAUAUUCUUUAAUGAAGAUCCUUACGGAGAGAGGGUAAUUCUUACGGAGAUUAGAAACUAAAUUUCAGAAGACGAUGUGGAUUACCAAGGGUGAGUACGAUGAGUUUGGUCCAUCCAUCGUCCACCGAAAGUGCUUCUAAGUUGGUUGAUAAAGGACAGCAGGUGCUAAUGGUCGGUUUCUAUUUUUCUGAUGGCUUUCAGAAGUCCUCUUGUGUUAUGUGAAGUUCUUGCUUCCCAAUUUUAGUGUUGGUUCUAGAGCCUAAACAAAAAGCUGGAGGGAACCAUCCUAUUGGUAUUGCAGUUGAUAUUGGUUGGGAAAAUUGUGCUGGUCUUCUACACAA